AUGCAUCCAUCAGAGGAACCAGAAUCACCUUUCUCAAGUGUUCCGAACAUAGUGACAGAAGAAACGCCUACCGCAAGGCGACUCCAAACGCAAAAACGGUUAUUUUUGUACACUAAUUUGAUCUUACUGCAUCGACCUUACGUCAGUGACAUUCUAUCGAAGAGAAAUACCAAUAACAGGCCCUCGUACGAUAUUUGUUCGUAUGCAGCGAUUAUCAUAACCGACUUAGCAAGCAAGCUUGAUACGAGUGAUUUGUCAUACCAUUCUACAUUACCUAUCCUGGCUUAUGCUUUAAUAAUGGCUGUACGUAUACAUAUUAUGAAUGCUUCAAGCUCGAACCCUGAAAAGUUCAACGCUAAAAGGAAUUUCGAUUUGAGCAUUUGUAUAUUAAGCAAGUUACCUCAGUCGCGAGAUACGACAUCAAUGUUGUACGAUUCUAUACAAGCUUUAGAAUAUAAAUAUCAUCACCGAUAUACUGGUUUAUCA